AUUCAAGACACGCACUCACAUACACACAGGCCCUUUCUCUCUCUAGUCUCUCUCUCCUAAAUUGUUUUGGAAAGUUUUUUUUUUUUUUGGUAAAAAUUGUUUUGGAAAGUGUCGCUUCAGAGUACUAUAACCCAAGCUGGCAUGGGCCAAAUGGCGGGUGUCGGCUUUAUGGUUCCCGAACAACAUCAGCAGCAUAGAGGACGGGGAGCUGUAACCAGCAACACCCACUGUGCCGGCCUCCUUUUAUCCCAUCACUCCUUUGAGCCGUUUAAUUGCCCUCUUCUUAAAAGCCCACACAUUUUCAUUAUCCAUCGUUCUCUCUUGCUCUGUUGCCUUCCAACUUUUAUGGCUAUGGAUGGGUAGUAGACUAGAGAACACCCCGUAUGGAGAUAACCUCGAACUCUGUGGCUGCAUCUGCGGCUUCUGGUUCGUCUGAUUCUCUCAAUGGUUUGAAAUUCGGCAAGAAAAUCUACUUUGAAGAUGUGGGCAUUGGAAUCCCUGCCAAAUCAGGUUGUGGGUCGUCGUCGGUUUCGGUGCCCGGUUCUCAGGAGCCGAUGCCACCACCACCGCUGACGCUGCCGGCGCCACCGAGGAAGGGGAGAGGGGUUGUGCAAGGUGGACAGCCUCCGAGGUGCCAGGUUGAGGGUUGUAAGGUGGAUCUGAGUGAUGUCAAGGCUUACUAUUCCAGGCACAAGGUUUGUGGGAUGCACUCCAAGUCUCCUAAGGUCAUUGUUGCGGGCUUGGAGCAGAGGUUCUGCCAGCAGUGUAGCAGGUUUCAUCAGCUUCCUGAAUUUGACCAAGGAAAGCGCAGUUGUCGUAGACGUUUGGCUGGGCAUAAUGAGCGUCGUAGGAAGCCAUCACCUGGCUCUUUAUUAACUUCAAGAUUUGGGCAGCUGUCGUCAUCUUUCCAUGCCAGCAGUAGAGUUGGAGGCUUUCUCAUGGAUUUUUCAAUGCACUCAAGGUUGCCUACGAGGGAAGUAUGGCCGACCGCAAGUGACAGCAAUCGGCCUGACAACCAACCAAUGGCUACGGGGAAAUUGUUUCCACAUACAUGGCAAGGGAACCCAGAAAGUCGACCAGCUAAUGUCUUCUCUCAUGUGUCCCACACGUAUAUGCAAGGUUCAACAGGUGGAACGGCCUUCUCCAAUGCCAGAAUUCCUUCGGAUGAAUGUUUUGCUGGAGUCUCUGACUCCAGCUGUGCUCUCUCUCUUCUGUCAAAUCAGCCAUGCGGCUUCAGAAAUCAAGCAUCUGGUUUUGCGAUGGACAACUUAAAAGAUGCAGACGGAGCUUCAGUGGUUCAUUCAGUAGCACCACAUGGUGCUUUAACAAGUGAUGUAGCAAGGAACACAUGGAGUUUCAAGGGCAAUGCAGCCGGUAUUAGUCGUUCACAACAAAUGCCACAUGAUCUGGGUGUUGGACAAGUCUCGCAAUGUGUUGAUUUUCAGUUUUCUGAUGAGCUUGCGUUGGCUCAUCAGGGAAGCCGUCAAGACAUUGGACUAGGAAAUGCCAGGGCAUGUGGCUCUUCCAAUACCCAGAUGCACUGGUCUCUCUAGAGAAUAUGGAGCAGUGACUGUUCUAGUGCUUGGAUCCCCACUGUCCAUUAUCCAGGUUAGCAUGGAUGUCUAAUAAUUUCCCCUUUUGUGCUACUAGUGACACUUCAAUUUACUCAGCUAUAUUCUGAGUUUGAACCUAGUGUGCUUUUGCUAAUCAUUGGGAAAGAGGACCCUUGAUGUUUAUUAAUGUUGUCAUAACUAACAAUAUUGUCGUCGCUUUUGGAGGUUUGAAACAUGAUCACUUAGACA